UGCCAACUGAGAAAGAGGAAGCAAAUGUGGGCGGGCUGCACUCGAGCUAGUGGCACGCAGAGGUGCGGGGCGGAGCGACACCAGCAAGAAGGAGAAAAGAGGGAAGAAAAGGAAGAUCGCGAAGAAAGACAUCAGGCCAAGGAGUAUUCAGAGCAUUCAGCAGGCAUCGAAGAAAGGACAUCAUGGCCUCCGUGUCCACUCAUGGAAACCAAGAGAAAAGUCCCCACUUGCCACCAUUGAGCAAGCAGAGCCUGUUGUUUUGUCCAAAGUCAAAACUGCACAUCCACAGAGGAGAGAUUGCCAAGAUUAUCCGAGAGUGUCAAGAAGAAAGUUUCUGGAAGAGAGCUCUGCCUUUUUCUCUUAUAAGCAUGCUUGUCACCCAGGGACUUGUCCACCAAGGUUAUUUAGCUGCUAAUCCAAGAUUUGGAUCAUUACCUAAAGUUGCACUGGCUGGCCUUUUGGGAUUUGGCCUUGGGAAGGCUUCCUACAUCAGAGUGUGCCAAAGUAAAUUCCAUUCCUUCGAGGAUCAGCUCCGUGGUGCUGGUUUUGGACCCGAGCACAACAGGCACUGCCUGCUUACCUGUGAGGAGUGCAAAACCAGACGUGGAUUAAGCGAGACGAAGGGGCCCCAGCCAUCUGCUUCCUAAACCAUUUCUGUGGUCUGCAGUGAUCUCUAAACCUCUGAAUGUGCACACAUUUAGACUUUCAAGUGUACUUUAAGAUAAUCUACUUCUACUGAAACAGAAACCUUGUAAUGCUCCUGUUCCUUUGAAAUGCUUGCAGUGGGAGGCUCUCCACUAACUUGAGCAUGGCAUAUUCUUCCGUUCUUUAAGAACAUGCUGGGAGCCAUCCACACACUACACAGGAAACGAAAUGACACCCCACAUAGCUUAGUGCUUCCUGAGAGAAUUUUGAGUCACUUCUGGGUAGUCCUCCACGCAUUCUUUCACUCUGCUUCUUCUCCUGUCCCUACCCCCAGUGAUUUAAGUUCUCUGCUAGGGAACAGGAGUGAAUGAUGUGGAAGUUAUCUGGGAAGCCAUGACCCAAAGAAAACUCAUGUAUAUGGAACUAGAAAUCCAAGAAAGAUUGUGUUUUAGUACUAGAUGUCCAUCCUAAAGUCUAGGAGCUGAGAUAACUCAGUGGAAAAUGUUUCCUGUGCAAGGGUCACCAUACAAACCAGCUGGUAUGAUCUUGGUGGUCCAUCACAAUGAUGGACCUGUAAAACUGCCCAUAAUCUAUCUGUAGUUGACCCGCUUGGUUCAUGGGUUCCUUCUCAACCAUCAGCACUCAACAGCGGGUUCUUUUUACCAAUUAUUUGUGGCCUCAGAGAUGAAAGACAACUUCCUACCCUGUUUUCCCAGGGAAUAGCACCAAGGACUGAAUUAAUUCUAAAGAUGAAUAACCCUUGGGGCAUUCCGGAGCUCAGAGGCAGCCAAAGCAAUGGCAUGAGUUGUACUUCUCCAGACAAUAUGUUACAUGGAAAGUGCGGUUCUUUCUUUUUGGAACCUUUUGCUCUCUAGCAGGUUGGCUGAACCCUGUGUGAAAGUUACCCUUGCAUCUUUGCAGGUUCUCAGGAAAAUGCUUCGUCUGCAAAUCACCAUUUAAACAUAGGUUAUGUGUGUGGAGUGGUGGGUGGGGUGCUUUUACUCAAUAUAUCUACAAGCCUGGACCAUGGAUGUUAAAAGGGAAAUUUCAUCAGAAGUUAAUAUUUGAUGUGAAAAAAAAAUGUCAUUUUAAUCAUCAAAAUCACGUGGGAGUUUAUUUUUGUGUGAACAUUAAAUGAAUGACAUGGGCUGGUUUGACAGAGUUGAUUUUUCUAUGACACAUCCUGUUUGGCUGUCAAUAAAAUUCUAUUUCUGAAAAUCAAAA